AAAGUUUUAACGUAUACUCAUAUAUACUCUUUAUUACAUUGUUGAAUUUAAAAAAAUCUUAAUUAUGUCACUUUCUCUUAGAAUAAUUACGAGAGUCGUUGGGAAAUUUCAAAGGCUUUUAAAAGACAAAUCCGUAAAAAAAGAUUUGAUUGAUAUUUUGCUAAUUAAUUGACCCUCUAUAUAUAUAUUCACACUCAUGUCAAUCACUUAUUUUCAAAGAAAAUAAACAAAUCCGUGGUUUUCUUUUCAUUUCUUAAGAUUUUACAUUUUUUUUUGGGAAUUGAUGGGCAAUUGCAUGGAGAGAUGGAUGCAAGGAGAAGGGGAAGAAGGAAAGAUAGAGGUGACAGAAAGAGCAAAAGAGUCCUUCAAACUUGAUGGUGAUGACAAUGAAGAUGGUCAUGGUGGGAUGAAGGUAAAGAUCGUGCUUACAAGACAUGAAUUGGACAUGUUUUUGCUUCAGAUGAAUAGGAGUCAUGAUGGAAACUUGAUGAUUACCAAAGACGUUAUGGUAGAGCUAGAGAAGAGGAUCAUAAGAGCUUCGUCAUUCUCAUCACUAUCAUCAUCACCUUCAUCGAUAGCAUGGGAACCGGCUUUAGAGAGCAUCCUGGAGUGUCCAGAAGUCCAGGAAAUGGAUAGAUAAAGAUGCUAAAGAUGUGAUUUAUGAUAAAAAUGAGUUUGAUCAUGAUGAUCAUCAUAUAUUGGUUCUAGAGCAUUUUUUUUAAUCUCAUGAUGAUCGGAACUAUAUAACAUUUUUGCUCAUUACAUUUUCAGAUAAAUAUUUUCUUGGUUAGAUUAGUUUGAGGUCGAUGUAAUACCAUUGUACCAUAUAUUUCAUAUAUACUUUGAAAAAUUAUUACGCUUUAAUAUUUUUUCUUUCUU